AUGCCUGCUACGACUGUUCCCCCAGUACCGCACUAUGAGCCUGCCCCAGAAACGAAGGAGGAGUUCGACUAUGCCGAUGUGCCCAUCAUCGACUUCUCGAAGGUACACACGCCUGAGGGGCGUGCGGAACUCAUGCCCCAAGUCCGCGACGCAAUGCACACGUACGGAUUCAUGCGCGUCGUGAAUCACGGUUUGUCUCAAGCGCAGAACGAUCGCAUAAUCGACAUCGCGGACGUACCGUUCACCCAGGUCUCGGAGGAAGAGCAGAGGCAGCUUGUCGCGAAGGUCAGGGAAGGCGACUGGAAGGGAUACAAGCCGCGCCAGUACUGGCACAUCGACAAUGGGGUGCGCGACCAGAUCGAGCACUACGGGGUUAUCCGCCCAGCCUUCGGACAGCAGCACCCUAAGGCGCUGCAGCCGUUCUUGCCGGAGGUCCGCGCCUUCAUGGAAUUUUGUCAUUUCGAUAUCCUCCAUCCCAUUUUGAGGCUUCUUGCUUUGGGACUGGAGCUGCCAGAAGAGACGUUCGUGAAUCAGAACCAUUACGACGCGGAGGGCAUGACGUUCUGUACGUACUUCACAAUAAUCUCUAGUUAUCCACGCACGGACGAAGACGAGGCUCAGACGAAGAACGUCUGGCUAAAAGGUCACACAGACAGCGGAGUCCUCACCAUUCUCUGGAACCAGCCCGUCGUCAGUCUCCAGAUCAUGUGCCCCGACGGGAAAUGGCGAUACGUAAAGUACAUCCCAAACAGCAUCAUCAUCAACACAGGAGACACCAUCGAGAUGCUCUCUGGAGGUUACUACAAGGCCACGAUUCACCGCGUCGUCCAGCCGCCCGUCGACCAGAGGGACCACACCCGUCUUGGCGUGAUCUACUUCGCCUAUGGGGACGACGACGUACGGGUCGUGCCGCACAAAGAGAGUCCACUUUUGCAACGCGUUGGUAUCAAGAGGAAGGUCCCCGAUGAAAACGCACCGACGAUCAAGCAGUGGAGGACCAUACGGAUCAGUUCGUAUGGUAAUUCGGAGACAACCAAGAAGGAGGAUGGCACGGAGGAACAGGUGCUCAGCGGUGUGUUGGUGAAGCACUUCAACUAG